UACCCUGAUUUUUACAGAACAAGAUGCAGAAGGAGAAGAGGAAGGAGAAGAAGAGAAGCCGAGGCCAAAGCUCUUUAUGCCUAACCUGGUGCCUCCCAAGAUCCCAGACGGAGAGAGAGUUGACUUUGAUGACAUCCAUCGGAAGCGUAUGGAGAAAGACCUUCUGGAAUUGCAGACCUUGAUCGAAGUUCAUUUUGUGACCAGAAAGAAGGAAGAAGAAGAAAUAAUUGCUUUGAAAGAAAGAAUUGAAAGCCGCAGGUCAGAAAGAGCAGAACAGCAUAGAAUCCGUGCUGAGAAAGAGAAGGAACGUCAAUCAAGGAUCGCUGAGGAACGAGCCAGAAAAGAAGACGAAGAAUUGAGGAAGAGGGCGCAGGAAGACGCUAAAAAGAAAAAAGUUUUGCACUUUGGAGGCUAUUUACAAAAGGUGGACAAUCGCAAAGGAGGGAAGACGCAAACGGAGAGAGAAAAGAAAAAGAAGAUGUUGGCACAGAGGCGCAAAACAUUAGACUUUGACGAUCUGGAUGAGGAUACAAUAAAGGACAAAGCCAAGGAACUGUGGCAGUGGAUGUUUCAGUUGGAAUCGGAAAAGUUUGACCUCCAGGAGAAAAUGAAACGACAGAAAUAUGAGAUUAAAGUACUUCGAAACCGAGUUAGUGAUCACCAGAAGGUUUCAAAGGGAGGUCGUGUCAAAGCAAAUCUUGGAGGAAGAUGGAAAUGAGCAUGGCCUGAAAGUGCUCAACAAACUCUACCAGAAUCACUCAAACUCUCCUAUCAUCUCAACGCCAACUGUGUUCAUGAAAUCGACAAGCCACUCCCAAUCCAGCUGUUUAAGUGACAGGAACAAAAAUGCACCAAUGAUGCAUGAACAAUCCUGUCUGAUGAAAGUGUGCGCAUUCAUAAAGUUGUGAAGACUUUGUAGCAUUCUCAAUAAAACCAGAAUAAAACCAGAA